CUAAAGUAAAGUUUAAAGCUGGACAUCUUGGUCAGCAUGGACUGGUUGAGCUGAAGGACUUGUUUCCAUGCUGUAUGACUAUGACACUCGCCAUACGGUUGUAAACAGCUCGAUUAGGGGUUAUAAAAAAUAUAAGAGGACAAGGGUAUUCCUUAAAAAGGCACAAAGAUCAUGUAUUACCCACAGUUAGCAAUAUAUGUGAUAUAUGUGUUGCUGUCUCAUCUGCAUCUGGACUAGCUGCUGUAUGUUCUUACAACGGCCCUAUUUGUUUUGGCUCUGAAACACCAGCAGCCCAUUCAUAAAUUUUCAGUGAUCUUCGAGAUACCGAACCUGUAGUAUUUAUUAUUGCCCAUUAUAAAACCUUCCUUUAAUGCCAUUUAAGUUCGGGGGAAAAUAUUGAUUGCACGAGAAUUAACAGAGGGGAGACUGAAGCAGUUUAAAAAUGUCCAAGAGCUCUUAUUUGCUUAGUUAGGAUUGGAUACAUUUUUUAAAAAGCCUGCACGGAAGCUGAGCCAAUGAUCACAGCAGAUCUUGGUAAAGAUAGUCUCAUUCCUUAUUUGCCAAUCAAACAGAGUCUGGAAUGACGCAAGUGAAAAAUCAAACCUUUUUAAGUGCCCUGAAGGUUCUCAUUACUCAGAAGAUUGCUCACUAAUCUGUGAGGAAAGAGAGGAAGGGAGAGAGAGUGAGAGAGAGAGAGAGAGAGACAGAGACAGAGAGAGACAGAGAGAAAACAAGCAAGCAAAAGUCGUAAAUGUGCUUGUUACAACAGCGAGACAUGGCUAACCAAAAGAGCAAGAUUUUUCUUCUAUUUGCGGUUUUAGGUUUUUUGCCAGCAGUCAUUUGCCAAACCCCUGAACAAGGAGAAUACAGAGCACCGUGGACAGAAGAAAAGCUAUUCCAUAAACCCAAAUACCUGACCGCCAAUGACGUCCGUAAUAUGACAGCGCUGACCAACAUUUCCCAGAUGUGGUAUAAUUAUCUGAGACCAAUACUCCGUGAGAGGUAUCCAGGAUCUAUUGGGAAUGUUGCGGUACGCCAGCACAUCAUAAGUCAGUUAAGUGAUCUGCAGGCCGGCUGGGUCAUUGAAGAGGAUACUUUCCAGGAGUCAAUACCCUAUGGAACCGUCACGUUUUCCAACAUCAUCGCGACACUGAAUCCCUUAGCCAAACGGAGGCUAGUGCUGGCUUGCCAUCACGAUUCAAAAUACUACAAUGAAUGGUGGUACAGCAGAGUCUACGUGGGUGCCACUGAUUCCGCUGUGCCGUGCGCUAUGAUUUUGGAACUGGCUCGUGCUCUUGACUAUCUGCUACUUCAGAUGAAGAGUAUGGUCGACAGGCCAGAUCUUACACUGCAACUGAUUUUCUUUGAUGGAGAAGAAGCAUUCCAGUAUUGGUCAGAGAAUGAUUCCCUGUACGGUUCUCGACAUUUGGCACAGCAGAUGGAGAGGAUUGCCCAUCCACCGGGCGCAACUGAUACCAACCAGCUCCAUGCAAUUGAUUUAUUCGUGUUAUUGGAUCUCCUUGGUGCACCAAAUCCGAGAUUUCCAAGUUAUUUUCCAAAUACAGCUCGCUGGCAUAAAAGACUACAGCUAAUAGAACGGCGCCUGCAUCGUCUGGGUGUACUGAGCGACCAUCCGACUGAAGUGAAAUAUUUCUGGACCAAAAUGCGUGCUGGGCACAUCGACGACGAUCAUAUACCAUUUCUGCAAAGAGGAGUUCCUAUUCUGCAUGUCAUACCGACACCUUUUCCUCAAGUUUGGCACAGCAUGGAGGAUAAUGAGAUUAACCUCGACCCAACAACAAUUGAAAACCUCAAUAAAAUACUGCAACUGUUUGUUUUGGAGUAUCUGAGAUUGUAAGUUAGUUCUCGGGUUCACAUAGAGUAAUAAUGGUCAUGACAGAGUUAAGUACUUCAAAUGAAACGGAUUUCAACCAAUUCAAACAGUAGCCAUUCCCUGUUGCCUUAAAGUAAUUCGGAAGACGUUAUAAUGAUAAUGCAACAUUACUCAUCAAAUUAAUAUGUGUUUGUACUUGAUAUGUCAAUGAAUUCAUAUUAAUUGUUACUAACCAAUUAAUAUUUUAUGCUGUGCAUUUUUGGUAGACAAUGCAUAUUGUAUUAGUUUUUUAAGUAUCUUUGUUUCAGUAAACAUUUGAAACCUUUUUUGGUGAAUUUUGGCCGUAGACUUGUUAGACACAUUUUAUGUGGGUAAAAGGUGUCUCUCAAUAUAAGAGAAUCAUCUAUUUUGUGUUUUGUGUUAUGUAUCUGGAACAAGGACUGGUAUUGAAGUGUUAUAGUAUGUGGUGUGAAAUCAAUUUAACAAUACUUUGUGGGGGAUAAUUUUCCUUUGGUUUCUGUUUCAAAACAUUUGGUUAUAUUCAACAGAACCAAAUGUGCAGAGUUGAGUAUCACCACUAGUUAACACUUUGGCAUCCAUUUAGUCCGUAAUAAAAGAUGACCAUUCUACCCAAAACUAUGGAAGGAUUCUACCUUUGCAAGCUGAAGAUAAAUAAUUAAAAUACGUACUGAGUUUCUAACGAUAGAGUAGCAUAGUCAGCACUUUUCUAAUAAUAUCAAUUUAAGUGGAGAGCUCCCCUUCCUUGACAGGUCACCCACCUACAGGGGUAAAACUAUUUACUGCUGCUCAUACUCUUCUUUAACAAUCUAAUCACAUCAAAAAGGAUGUAGCGUUACUUUACACUGUACGUGGUAUAGAAUUUAAUGCUUGGUUACAUGCCAAACGUUAAUAUAGUACCAGAUUCUGAACUGAAUUUAAGAAGAGGGAUAUAAUGCACAGUUAGCAGUAGAUACACACAUUGGAUCUUGUGUGAGGUUUUUUUUAAUCAAGGAAGGGGUUUGUUUUAAUGUAUCUAUAUUUAUGGUUCCAUGGUGGAAACACAUUUUGUUUCAAUUUUUUUGCAUUAAAUAAAUUAGGCUGUGAGCCAAACAUCCUUAUUGGUAAAUUGUUCAAGUUGUUAAAUUCAUUGAUGUUAAGUUAAAGCCAUGGAUAAAGCCAACAUUUAUUACCCAUCAGUAUAUGCCCUUGAGGAGUGGAUGAGAGCCAUCAGCUGGAACUGCUGGAGUUUGUGUGGUGAGAGCACUCCCGCAGUGUCUUUGAGAAUCGAAAUGCAGUAUCUAAACACAAGGAUAAGAAAGCAAUAUGUUUACAAGUGGGGAAAUGGGAAGGUGAUGGUAUUCCUAAAUGCUUGCUGCUCUGGUCCUUUGAGGUAGUACGGUUUAUAGGUCCGUAAAGUGCUGGUAAAGAGAUCGUGAUGAUUUACUGCGUUGUAUUUUGUAGGUGGAUAUUGCUCAUGGCUAAAAUCAGUGCUUUUUUAGUGAUGGUGCCUCUAAAACAUUUAAAAGCUAGAUUUCAGAUUUUUUUUAAUGUUACUAUUACAAAAAGAUUACAAAAGUUUUAAAAAUAAAAUGUGUUAAUUAAAUGAAGCUAUCAGGCCAUUACACAGCUUAAGCAGUUGAUAUAAUUAUGAUUUGCCAUAAUCACCAACAGCAAGGAACACUAUGGGUACCGGUACCUAUUGUCUAUGAAGAAUGUAUUGGCUAAAAUAAUGUUUUGCCCAAUGUUUAACCUGCAUAAACUUGUAUAUUUCAAUGGAUAAAUUAAUUAUUAUUAAUUAAUUUUAUUUUUUGAUUGUUUGUAAUCUUUAUCUAAUAUUCAAUAUUGAAACAAUUGAAAUUCGUACAUGCUGCUUGCAAGUUCCGAUACAAAUCUCAAUUAAACGCUCUUGACUCAAAUAAAAAUGUGCUUCUUACUGAUGAGUUAUUCGCAACUUAUAGGUUGCUUUGUAAUGUACGAUUUCAACUCUGAACUAGAGUAGAAGGAUAUCACUUGUCAUUGUUAACCUACUUUAAAUGUGAUAGUUGAUGAAACAAGUUUCUUGCAUACAACUUUAUCUACGUUUAAACUUUUGUAAUGAAGAUACUUAAUAAAUGCACUACUGCAGAAGACAUGAGGUAGCAGGAAAGUAUGCUUGGAGAGCUGGGCUCCACAAGAUUUUUAGUGGAAUGUAGUAGUAAAGAAGAAUACUGGAAAAUAAUCAGUGCCAUCUACUUUAUUGUUUCAAAAUGCUAAUAUCUUCAAAUGUAUCAUUCCCACGACUUCUCAUUCACCUAAUCGAUUUUCCUUUCCUUUUCCCUCCUGACUACACAUUCUUCUUUUGUGAAAAAACUAGUCUCUCUCUGAGAUUCUUCCUUUCCUAAUAACAUAAUUAGGAAUAGCCUGCACCAUAUAUGAAGAGAAUGGCUGAUUUUCAACCUUAAAGCCAUUUGCCCGCAUUAUCCCUUUAAUGUCCUGAAUUCUACUCAUUUCUGCCUUAAAUGAGCUUGGUGACUGAAUCUCCAAUGUCAUUUGGAUGGAAAGUUCACCAUUUCUUGCAUUACAAAAAGUCUCAUUCUCUCAGCCUUGAAUGGCUGUGGUCAGAUUAAACAUCAUCCCACAUCUAGCCAGCUGACCCAUUAAAAAAAAAGAUGUUGGUUUUAAAAAGAUCUCACAUUAUUUUAUACUCUACAGAUUACAGGCCAAGUCGACUCAUUCUCUCCUCAUAUACAGAUCCAUCAUCCCUGGGAUCUUUGCUGUAUGACACUAUGGGAAGUAUAUCCCAUGUUAAGUACAGAGACAAAAACAACACAUUGCACACUAGGUGUGGCCUCACCAAUUCCCUAUAUAUUUGCGGUAAGACAUUGUUACGCCUAUACUCAGAUCCUCUGGUAAUGAAAGGAAAACAUACCAUCAACCUUGCUAAUCACAUAGAGUGAGUGUUGAAAGCAUUGACAGGCUCAAAUAGCACAUUCACUGCUCCGUUCAAGGGAUAACAUCUUAAGUAAUUGAAUUAAGUAACUGCCCCAGUUGCUAUGUUAGAAAUUGAACUUGCAAAACCAAAUAAUCGUUGCAGUAAUUUAACCAUAACAUUACCACAGUCAGAAUGGAUAAAUGCAAGCUUUUUAAUCUUUCACCGGAAAUUGCAUAUUUUAAACUAAGGAGAUCAUCUGAGGUAGGACAUCGCAGGGAGAUAGAAAAUAAGGCUUUUGGUACAUUGGCCUUCAUCGGUCAGGGUAUUGUGUACAGCGGUUGGGGCGUUAUGUUAUUGUAGUACAAGACUCGGUGAGGCUGCAUUUGGAUAAUCAGUUUUGGUUACCCUGCUAUAGGAACAAUGUCAUCAUGCUGGAAAGAAUGCAGAGAAGCUCUAUGAGGAUGUUGCUAGGACUUGAGGGCUUGAGAUAGAGAGAGGGGGCCUGAGGUAUAGAGAGAGGUUAGGCAAGCUAGAACUUAAUUCCUUAGCGUGCAGGAGGCUGAGGAGUGAGGUUAUAGAGGUAUACAAAUUCAUGAGGAUAAUUGAUUGGGUGAAUGCACAGUGUUUUACCCAGGAAUGGGAAUCAAGAACCAGAGGACAUAUGUUUAAGAUGAGAGGAGAAAGAUUUAAUAAGAACCUGAGGGGAAACCUUUUCAGAGGAGGUAGUUGCGCCAGGUGCUAUAAUAACAUUUAAAAAACACUUGGGCAGGUACAUGGAUAGAAAUAGUUCAGAGGAAUAUCGGCCAAAUGCAGGUAAAUGGGUCUAGCUUACCUUGGUCGGCAUGGGCCGAAGGACCUGUUUCCAUGUUCUAUGACUCCGUGACUAUGACCCAAUCUGGUGGAAAAUGUAGAAAAUAAUGCCUGAAUGUUGACACAAAGUCAGACUUGAUAAAAUGGGACGAGCAAAGAGGGGGCUUGGUUGGCAUGGGCGAGUUCGGCAGAGAGGACUGUUUCUGUGCUGUAACGCUCUUUGACACUAAUUAUUUACAAUGACUGUUUUUUACAUUUCUCAAAAGUUUAGAUAUCCUUUCUAUUAUACAGUAACCAGAAUUGAACACCAUGUUCCCGGCGUGACUGGGGUCACCUCCAGAGCUUGCCUUAAUUUCAUCUCUAAACAUUUCACACAGUAUAUACAAUGUUCCAGGGUCAAUGUGGCUAGAUUUUAUCACUUUAAGAACAUAGUCAAGAUCUAACUGAUCAUUGUUUUGCUGUUCACUUCUUUUGAGAGUAUCCAGCUCUGCAUCAUGCUUUAUCAAUUAUUUGCGCUUUCCCUCUUACCUUUGACAACAACAUUUACAACAGAAAGACCACUCCUUCAGCCCACCUGUCCCUGAAUGUAUUAUACGUAUCAUUGUAAGGAUGUAUAUAGGAUCUAACUGUUCCUUAUAUUUUCCGUUCACAAAGAUGUAUCAAGUUAAACAAAUCUCCUCAAAUAAACAGACAUUUGGAAUUAUUUUCUUUACUGAUCCAUAUAAUGUGACAGUAAAGAAAAUAAUUCCAACUGUCUGUUUAUUGAAUAAUUACUUAUACUUAAGGGAACUGAUAGUGAAACAAUUAACCUUUAUUUUAUAUUAGAGUAACUUAGCAGGUUAGGCAACGAUUUGGAUUGGGACCCUUCCUCAGUCUGAAGAAAGGUCUGAACCGAAAUGUCACCUCACGCUGUCCUCCAGAGAUGCUGCCUGACCCAUUGAGUUACUCCAGAACUUUAUGUUUUGUCUUUGUAAAGCAGUUCCUUGUUUCUCAACCUUUGUUUUAACUUUUUAUUUUAUUUUAGCAUUUCAUAUUUCCAUUUUCUUGCUCCGUAACUACACAAAAAGGGCUUUUAGGAAGGAAAAUUGAGAAAUCUAAAUUUGAGGAAGUAAUGAGGGGAGGUAAUAAAUACAUGGUUAUCAAGAUAAGAGAAGAAUUAGAAAUGAACGUAAAGGAAACAGACUAUUUCUGCAUUUGUCACCAAUAUUGGCACAAAUUAGUCAAUAGCAGAGAGGUUUUGGCUUGGAAUUGUGCUCUGUGGUAUCAAUAGUGCAAGAUCACUUUCUUUAAUAUUUCUUUAUUCCCUUCAUCAAAGGAAUUGCAAGAAUCAAGGUCAGGCCUUCAUUAAAAUGUAUUAGGAAAAAACAUGAGGCAAGAAUGUUUAAUUGUCAUAUGUACUAACUACGGAACGAUUAGAUUCUUACGCAGCAAUAUCACAGCAAAUAUUGUUUUUUUUCUUUCCAUGCAAUAGAAUGUACCUUGUAUGUUAUCUGCCAAAUUAGUUCAUGUACAUUAUCAUACUUCAGUAAGUUUACAAAAGCACUCUGUAUUUUUAUCUAUUUGUGAUAUGCUUGCUUUCCAAAUAAAGGCUUGAUUGUUGCAAAAAAUCACAUUUCAUAUUGGUCAUUUUCUUCUGCUUGAUUUUUGUCACCUGUCUAUCUAGAAUUGAAAGUGGCAUCACAGUGGUCAAAAAGGCUUUGGGCACAUUGGCCUUCCUCAGCCAGAAUAUUGAGUGUAGGUCUCUCCGCAACCUCAUGUGUUCCAGAGAAAACAAUCUAAGUCUGUCCAACUGCUCCCUGUAGCUAUUAUCCUCCACUAUAGGUAUCAGCACUUCUCAGGUGCUGCCAGUAUUAAUAUCUUAGAUGUGUUAGGAAGGAACUGCAGAUGCUGGUUGAAAUCGAAGUUAGAAUCAAAAUGCAGGAGUAAAUCAGCAGGACAGGCUGCAUACUUGGAUAGAAGGAAUGAGUGACGUUUCGGGUCGAGACCCUUCUUCAGACUGAGAGUCAGGGGAAAGGGAGACAGAUAUGGAAGAGUAAGGUGUGAAAACGAGACAUCAAAAGGAUGAAGGUCAAGGAAAAUGUAGAAUAGAUCAUUGUGAGCUGGGGAAAAGUGAUAAUGAUUCAUACAAAGGUAAAAUUUAAUCAGGAAGACA